AGCUUGAUGAGUGUCUGGUGACCUUUUUGCUGUUCUAAAAAGAGCUAGUUAAAAGGGCCUGUGUCAUGUUAAAACUGCGUAGAAAUUCAGGAAAUUAGCUGUAGGUGUGGGAAAAAAUGUGCGCCUCUGCUUUUCGGUAUUAUAUAACGUUACGAGUCCAACAAAUGCGUUGUUUCCGGAGAGCGUUGAUGGUCUUGAACAUACCCUUCCUCCUUACCCCUGUUCCCGGGAAAAAAAAUCUGCUACUAAAAAACCCUAGGCGCGAGAUAGAAAUUGAAACGCAUGAGUCUGGUUGAUUCGUUUUCUACAGUUUAGCUACUUUACUUGCAAAAGUAUUGUAACUUAAAGUUGUUUGUUACGGUUAGAGUUCCGUGUCGGUUGAACAGACGGUACUGUGAGGCAAGGCCGCGACAGUUGGGUUUUGGGAGGUUUGCUGGACCCUCCUAGAAGCUGGGGGAAAUGUCCGGUUGGUCGCGCGGGUAAGCCAAUGCAAUGGGUUAUACGGUUUAUCUUAUUCAGUAGUGAAAAGGAGCCACGUGCAUCAACUUAUUCCACGAGAACCUGGAACUGUGACUGUAGCACAGAGAGCGAAAAUGCCGUGUUAAAUUGUGACGUUAUACUUCAAGUGGUCUUCGUGUUCAUUUUGGUUGUGAUCCGGAAGCUAGCUCGCUAGCUAACUGUUCAGUAACAGUUCAUUGCCCGUUUAGAAGCCGUUGUUGUUAUCGUGGCCAGCAGUCGGCUAGUAGUUGUUUGCUAGCAGACUGGACACGGUAGCUAACGUUACCGGCAUCUUCACCACCAGUUUCAGUCAAGAAUACGUUUUUUUCUGUCAUGUAAGAAUGCAACAAUUUGCUAAUCACAGUUUUAGUUAUCCACUUUUAGGUAGCACGGUGCAUAUUGUGGCAUUGAUUGGUUAAUAUAUUACUAAAUGUAUUUGUCUAAAUUAAAGGUUGUAUCGCUCGCAGCAGUAACAUGUAGUUUAUUGAUUCGCUAGCUAACUAACGUUACAUUGUUUCCAAGACUGGUGGAGUGGGCCUCAUGAAUUUGUUACAUUCAUUGUAUGUGAAAACCAACUUGUUACAAUGUUGCGCAGUUUGAAGCACAUGUAUUGGAAUUGUAUAUUUCACGCUGCCACUUUUUGUUGCAAUCCACAGACCCGCAUGAUGUACUAGGGCUGCAGUACUGUAGUUUGUUCGACUUUUUUUGUUUGUCGAAAUAGCUUUGUUAAAGGGUGCACUUUUAACGAUAGGGCCCGGCUUACUUUUCACUUUUUGCCGAAGGACUUGGAGCAUUGUAAUAAGUAGGACAAUUUAUGUCAUAAUCAGCUGGCCUGCAUUUGUUGGCGGAAAACCAGGCGUUACAACCAUGUGUGGUGAUAAUUUUGUCCCGACCGACUGAGAGAGACCACAAGUGGAAGGCUCGUUUCGUUGACAGGCUCAGGCUGAAUUUCGGCGCUGUACCAACCGUCAUUGGGUACAGCACCGUAUGGGACAUCACCACGUGUAAGAGACAGCAUGCAGAGUGAAGAUGGAGAUGAAAUGCUGUGUGUUGACACAGACUCUGAUGUGGCGGAACAGCGAGAGAGUUAUAAAGUUAAAGUGAAAUGGACGCAUGAGGAGGAUGAGAAUCUAAAGAUCCUGGUGCACAACUUUGGAAAUAGUGACUGGACAACUAUCGCCAGCUUCCUACCAGGACGCACAGAGUAUCAAUGUAUGCACCGCUAUAUGAAGGCUCUAGAUCCAGAUUUAAUCAAGGGGACUUGGACCAAGGAGGAGGACGACAAGGUCAUUGAGCUGGUGAGUAAAUAUGGGACCAAGCAGUGGGCGAUGGUGGCCAGGCACCUGAAGGGUCGCCAGGGGAAGCAGUGCAGGGAGCGAUGGCACAACCACCUCAACCCGGACGUGAAGAAGUCCUCGUGGACCCCAGAGGAGGACCUGAUCAUCUACAAAGCCCACUGUGUCCUUGGGAACCGCUGGGCGGAGAUUGCCAAGCUUCUACCUGGAAGGACGGACAAUGCUGUGAAAAACCACUGGAACUCAACCAUCAAACGUAAAGCCGAGAUGGGAGCAUAUGUUAUGGAUGAUGACGGGAGUCCGCCACCACCCACUUCUUUGGAGCAGGGCGAGGUAGAUUUUCGUUGUGACGUUGUUUUGGACACGGAGCCUGAACCUCCAGAGGUGAUGAGGCAAUAUAGAGAGGCUAUAUCCCCCAUGCAAAAAAUUAGGCCAAAAAAGGACUCCCACCCAGUCAGGUCAAAGACGGUGAUGUUCCCGGCUGUCUUAGCCAAGAGGGACUCCAACAGCCCCUACUCUAGCUCCGGUCCUAGCAGCGUCCCCACUCUCCACCAGUCUCGCCAGAAGAGCAUCACAGAGGCCGUGUUGCGGAUGAUAGCGGAGGACAUGCUGCCCCUCAGCUUCGUGGAGGGCUCAGGCUUCAGGAGCUUCAUGUCUGUGAUCGGCCCCCAAUAUCAGAGGCUGUCCCAGCGUGCCGUGGGCCUCCGGUUGUAUGACGACGUGGAGAAGGCAAUCAAGCCCCAUCUGAUCCGCGACCUAAAGACCUGCUUGGCUGCCAGCGCGGGCGAUGCCGUUGUCCACGCCACCCUGGACCUCUGGGCCAGCCCCUACGCCGACCCUGUUGUCGCCGUGCAACUGCAUUUCCUGGAUGACGACUGGCACAUCCACCGGCCCACCGUGGCCUUCCGCCACAUCGGCCACAAGAACAUGAACGUGGCCAUGGCCCGGGAGCUGGAAGCCGUGCUGCUGAGCUACGGCCUGUUCCCCAACAACCUGGGUUACAUCAUCACCAACGAGGCCAAGCACACCAUCGCUGCCUACGACCUCUUCUGCGACUAUAGGAUCAUGUGCUCGUCUCAGAGGGGCGACCCGGACGAGGAGGAGAUGCUAGCCUUCCUGGGCGACCAGAUGCCCACGGAGGACUUCUCAGAGAUCCAGUUUGGCACGCGCUUGGGCUGCGUCGCCAACAUGCUGCAGCUGGUGAUCAAAGAGGCUCUGAAGAACUCUCGCGUGGUGGAGAACCUGCUGUCCCAGGUGCACAACGUGGUGGCCUUCUUCCGCCGCAGUGCCUACUGGAAUGAGGUGCUCCUGAAGGAGUGUGGCCUGUCACUGGCCCCCUCACCCGGCAGCUGCCGCUGGAAUUCCACCUUUGUGUCGAUGCGGCGGAUGGUACAGGAGGCGGUGUGGGGCUCAGUCAUGACCCUGCUUGCCCAGGCCCGCAUUGAGGCCAAGGACUCGUCCAGCUCCCCGCCCAUGGUGAGGGCCAAGCGGGAGCAGGUGGUGGACAUCAUCGGCCUGCUGGAGCCGUUUGAGGAGGCCAUCCAGGUGCUUCAGAGCGAUGCCGUCACCUUCUCCCUCAUCAUCCCCUCCCUGAUCGGCCUGGACAAGACCCUGGAGACCCGCUCCACCAAUUACAGCCACUUCUCGAAGGGGCUCCGCUCCGGCCUGCACACACACUUCCAGCCCCUCAUCCUGCAGAGGGACCUGAUCCUGGUCACGGUGCUGGACCCCCGCAUUAAGCUCCAGCCCUUCGAUGACACGAAGCAGGAGGGGGACACCGCCUCCCUGGCCGCCCCCUCCAAGUUCCAGGUCCAAAUGCUGGUCAAGUCGUUGGUCAGUGACAUGGAUUCCUGGAACCCGGUGAAGCAGGAGGAGAGUGAAGAGAUCCAGGAGAACUCUGAGGCCUCCAGCUCUAACAGUGGCAGCGGCAACCUCAAGCGCAAGUCCAUCUUCAGUUUCCUCCAGUCUGCGGCCAAGAGCACGAAGCUGUCUGAGCUGGACCAGUACUUGUCAGAGCCUGUGCUGGAUGGGGACAGCUCCACCCAGGUUUUCUGGAGAGACGCCUCACGGUUUCCCCAGCUGCAGAGGGCGGCCAGGAAGCUGCUGGCUGUGCCUGCCACAUCAGGCGGGUUUGACCGACUCUUCCCCAUGGCGUCUUGCAUCGUCAGGGCCAAGAGGAGCCGGCUGCCCCCUCACACCACCGAGAGGCUGCUGAUCUACAGGGAGUUCCUGAGGGGGAAAGACGGGAGGGCCAAUUCCAAUGGCGCCACUAAACCGUCAUAGACAUGCUGAACACAGUGCCUGCUACUGCCCUACAUAUCUCAUUAUCAGUUCUGUGUGUGCAGGGUUCUCUUACCCUAAUCUGUUACUCGAUUGUCAUCCAAGUUUACAUGAUUGAACAAUGAGCCGGGACAAAAACCUGCAUACCAAGGAUUGAGCUUUGAGGGCUGAGUGAUGUCAUGUCAACAAAUGUAACACAACAGAAAUAAUACCUCUAAAUAAUAUUUUUGUAAUUAUGAAGUUAAUACAUUUUAGUUAUCAUGUAAAAAAAAAUUGGAAAGAACAUGCUUCUAUGAGUGUAUCCUGGAAACUUCUUUACUUUUUGUGUUUGGAGUUUGAAUCUGCAAACAGAUAUCAGAAAUGUAAUUUUCUACAUAAGCAUUUUUUUUUCAUUACCUGCUGUAGUUUUUUCUUUAAAGGGGCAAUCAGCAGUUGCUACAGCCAUUUUUGGACUUAUCAUUAAUUUAUAUGUACCCAUUGAUUCAUGAAGAAUAUAACUUAUAAAUGCCUCAUGAGCUUAACUCAACUGCCAUACCCUAUCAGAACCCAAAAUAUAAGUUUGUUUUACUCUAAAACUAUAAUUUUGAUAUCAUGGAUGGUCAGUCCUUGCAUCCAAUGGCUCUGUCUAUGAAUUUGAGAGUAGUUACUUUUCUCUAGCCCCAUCCCUCAGUUUUUUACUGAAACAGGGAUGGGGAGGAAGCUUUGUUAUUGUUUCUACUGCCGAUUGCUGCUUUAAGGAUCAAGUAGCAUACAGGGAACCUGUGUUAUACAGUGACAAUUGAGGUCAUUGAAUGGUGAGUGUUUUUUCUGAUUUGUUUGCUCAUACACAACUUUCAAUCAAUGGACAUUGUUUGCAUAUAAUUACUGUAAACAGGUCUUCAUCUUGUUGACAUUUCACCAAUAGAAAGUGCACUUUUCUCUCUACCUCUUCAUAUCUCUACAACUUUGAGGCUUCAGUUGCUUUUCACUGUGGACUCUUGUUUGGGGACUAAUCGCAUAGCAAGUAGUGUUGGAAUAGUAGAUUGAUAUACUGCUUUUCUUUUGAAGCUGCACAAAUGUUCAUUUGAAUCGGCUUGGAAUGAGUGAUCAUUUCUAAGUGUACUUAUUUAAAUAAAACAAUUCCUUAAGAAAUUCAUUUGAAUGUGCAGUACAGAAUUUGAAUGUACAGAUAGCUUGUAGGGGCAGUUUUUGUUAACUAAUGAUGAAUAAUGACAGAGUAAGAUGCCUUUAUACUGUAUGCAACUGGGUCGAGCAGUUAAGUGUUUUCCUUGCCCAAGCCUAUAGUAUUGGCAGUAUUUUUCCUCCCUGAGAUUGUCUGGAAAUGUCACUUUUACAUUCUUUAUUCUUAUUAAUUUUGUGAAUAAAUAAUUUUCUCAUUUUCUAAGACUAAAAUGUAUCAGGAUAUCCAAACAACUGUAAUUUCUCCAUGUAUUUAUUCUAUUCGCUUGGAACUAACAAUGCCUUGAAUGUAUGCAAUUUUCUCCGAUCAUGUAAUUUGAUGGAUUUUUUUUAUAUAUAUUUUUUUUAAAUUGGUCUUAUUUUGGGGGAGAUUAGUGUUAAACAAAUGCAACCCCCUCAGUAUUUCAUGAACUACUGGUAAUGCUUUCUGAACCUUCAUAUAGUACUGUGUCCAAUUGCCCUUUCUCUCACGAAACAACUAUCUUUAGUUGGGCUGAAAUGUAUGGAAAAUAAAGACAUUCAAUUUUAUUGUA